AUGCGCUUCUCAAGACCCCGAUUGAGGGUUUCACAGGCAGAAUCAGCCUUCGCAGCAGGCAAUGCCCGAUGGACAAAUCGUGAUCUCGAUCCUAUCCCUUUACUAGGACGCAAAUGGGGCGUAGCGAGUAUAAUCGGUAAUCUACCUCACCUGACCUCUCCCCACUUCAUACAUCCAAGCUUACCUCAAUGCUUAGCAUACUGGAUCUCCGACGCUUUUAACGCCGCAACCUGGGAAUUUGCCAGCAGCAUCAUAGCAGUCGGCCUGACCUACAAAGAAGCCCUCACAAUCGUCGCAAUCUCCUUCUUCAUCAUCUCCUUCGUCAUAGCAGGAAAUGGCACAGUCGGCGCAAGAUACCACAUCCCCUUCCCGGUAAUCGCCCGCGCGAGCUGGGGUUUCUGGGGCUCCUACAUCCCAAUCAUCUCGCGGGUGAUUCUCGCUGUGUUCUGGUUUGCUAUCCAGAAUAUCAAUGGCGGAAACGCGGUGCGCGUGAUGCUAGGCGCCAUUUGGCCCAGCUACCUGACCAUGCACAAUGGGAUUCCGGUUGAUCAAGGCAUAACUACCAAUGGAAUGGUAGCAUACUUUAUCUUCUGGGUUGUGCAAUUUCCCUUCUUGUGUCUACACCCGAACAAGUUGCGGUGGUUGUUUUCUGUCAAAUCGAUUCUUGUGCCAAUUGCCUGGAUCGCGAUUCUGAUUUGGGCUUUUGUGGCCGAGAAGGGGGGCGGUACUAUCUUUUCAAAUCAAACUGCGUCUGUGAGCGGGAGUAAGUAUAGUUGGUUGUUUUUGGCGAAUAUGACUUCUGUGUUGGGAAAUUAUGCUACUUUGAGUGUGAACCAGUCUGAUUUCUCCCGCUACUCCCGUGUCAGUCCACGCUGGCAAGCCCUGUACAUCCCCAUGCUCCCAAUAAUCUUCACCUUUAUCUCCUUUAUCGGAAUCGCAGCCUCGUCCGCCGGUCAAGCCCACUACAACCUAUCCGCCAUUCCUUGGGAUCCAUUAGUCCUAAUAAGCCACUGGAGCAACCGAUCCUGCCGAUUCUUCGCCGCAUUCUCCUUCGCCCUAGCCGGGCUAGGCGUGAACAUAUCUGCAAACUCGCUAUCAGCCGCAAACGACUUCACAGCGUUAGCGCCCCAAUUCAUGAAUAUCCGCCGCGGCCAAAUCCUCUGUGCGUUUCUCUCCUGGGCACUUGUCCCCUGGAAGAUUCUCGAGUCCGCGGAGAACUUCUUGAAUUUCAUGUCUGCCUAUGCGAUUUUCCUUGGGCCCAUUGCGGCCAUUAUGCUGUUUGAUUAUUGGGUUGUUAGGCGGCAGAUGUAUGAUUCGCUUGCGCUGUAUCAGCCGUGGAAUCCGACUUAUCGGUAUGAAUUCCAUGGAUUUGGGAAGGAAGUCUGGGGGUUUAACUGGAGGGCUAUUGUUGCGUUCUUGGUUGGCGUUGCGCCUAAUUUGCCGGGUUUGAUGAAUGCGGUUAAUCCCUCCAUUGAGGUUGGUGUUGGAGUGCAUCCGUAUCAGUUUGGGUGGUUGUUGGGUUUCGCUGCGACUGGUGGCGUUUAUUUAGGGCUUUCAUGGUGGUUUCCUGCUGUGGAAGGCAAGAUUGAGAAGGCGGUUUUGCCCGAUGAGGUUUACGAGGAGGGUACUGGUGUCGUUAUGGGCGUGGAGACGCAUAGUAGCAGUGGUGAGAAUGUGCAUAUGAGAAGUAAAGGGGGGAUUUGA